CAUCUUUUUCAUUUGCUGUUUUGUUUUGUUAUUGUCUUCAUGCUGAUUUCUGUCAUUGCAGCUAUAAAUAUAACACUGCAGGAAGGAUGCGCCACCUCUGGAGGAUGUCUUCAAAAUCUCUUUGAGCAGAUAGAGAACAUUACAGCUCAAGUGCUUCCUUUAAAUAUUGUGACAGACAUUUUGACUGUGGCCUUCAACGCUUCAGAGAAGAUUUUAGAGACAACAAACCCAACUGAACUAGCCUCCUAUGGAAACCGCAUGUUAAAAACCAGUGAGAAACUAAUUUCUACUUUAGUGAAGCCGACAAACACAAAUGACAGUGUCAGUUUUACUCUUCCCACUGUAGAGGGACAAGUCUUCAUGGUUGGACCACAGGUCACUUUAGAUAAAAUCCCUCGACUUGACACGACCAAUUCAUCUGUGGACAUUGAUCUCAUUGGGAUCGCCAAGAACAACUAUGAAACACGAUCAGCUGCUGUGGCUUUCAUGAGCUACAACACGAUGGAGAAUCUACUGAAGCCAGACUUCUUCAACACAUCAAAUGACACGGUUAAAACCAUGAUGUCCACUGUGAUCUCAGCUACUCUUCCCAAAACCACCAACACUAAACUCACUGAGCCAGUCAACUUCACCCUCAAACACAUCAGAGAGUUUGAUCCCAGCAGUUCUCUGUCCUGUGUGUACUGGAAUAUCAGCGAGUGGAUUGUAGAUGGUUGUUCUGUUUUGAAGACCAACAGCAGCUAUACUGUGUGUUCCUGUGAUCAUCUGUCGACAUUCGCUCUCAUCAUGCAAACCAUCCGCCCGCCUGUGAGCGACUCGCUGCUGGAGCUGUUGAAUUUGGUGUGUGUGAUCGUGGGGCUGGUGUUCUUCAGUUUGGCCAUGUUGACCUUUGCCCUUUGUCAGUGGAGUCCUGGAGUGAAUAAUGUGGCUCGAAUCAACAUCUGCGUCAGUCUUCUGUUGGCUCACCUUCUGUUCCUACUCACACAGCAGUUCCUGAGCCUCAUACGGCGUCAGCAGGUGUUGUGUGCCAUGAUCUCAGGUCUUCUGCACUUCCUCUUUCUCUCCGGCUUUGUGUGGAUGUUCAUUGAAGCUGUGCUGCUCUUCAUCUGUGUGAAGAACUUAUCACAGAUCCGCUCCAAAAAGAAGGAGGUGCUUAGCAGUGGAUUCCUGUGUGUGAUUGGAUAUGUGGUUGCUCUGGUCGUGGUGUGUGUGUCUGUCGGUCUGGUUCCUGAAGGCUACGGCAGCGAACACUGCUGGCUGAAACUGGACAAAAGCUUCAUCUGGAGUUUUCUUGGUCCUGUUUGCGUCAUACUAGCAUUAAACAUGAUUCUCUUCAUCAAGAUCGCCAUCACUCUGAACUCAGCUCUAAAAAAUCUCAACGCUGAAGUUUCACAGAUGAAACAAACCAAGAUCAUGGUGUUUAAAACACUGGCUCAGUUUGUGGUUCUUGGUUGCUCCUGGAUUCUGGGUUUCUUCACCAAUGACAGUAAGGUGCUGGAGAUCCUCUUCCUGAUCUUCAACUCUCAGCAGGGAACCUUCAUCUUCCUGAUCUACGGUGUUCUCAAUAAUGAGGUCAUGCAGCAGUUCAGGAAGUUCUUCAGAUGUCUUUGCUGCAUCAAACAGCACUGAAGCCUACAGAAUCAUGUUCAGGAAGUAAAAAGUGCUGCUGAAGUGCCAUUAUUAUACAAGUGAUGCCAUGCUUACAGUAAAAUACAGAAUCAAUGUUUUGGAUGUUAACCGUAGUCUCUGCUCCUUUCUGUAAAUGGUAAAAAAAAUGUAACCAGUCUUUUGAUAUCACAACUUUAAAUACUAUGAAUGUAGAACGUAUCCAUCUGAUUUUCUUGGUGGUGGGUGAAAAACAUGUUUGUACAGUCUUACAGACACAAAAUGUUACGCUAAAUGCUUGCAAAU